AUGCCGUGUUUAAAAAUUUUAACCAAUAUUCCGAAGAGUCAAAUACCUCGGGACUUUGUGGAUAAGAUUAUACCACUAUUAGCGAAAAUCUUGAAAAAGCCAGAAAAUAAAUUUACAUGCGUGAUAUCAGGAGACUGCUACAUAUCCUUCGCUGGUGAGUCAAAAUCACCGGGUGCCACUGCUACACUGGAGUCGAUUGGGAAUUUAGGUCCCAAUGAAAACAGAGUAAUCGUGAAAGAACUAACCGACUUUAUAGAAAAAGAAAUAGGCGUGCAUCGUGACAGAUUUUUCCUGACUUUUUACGACCUUUCAUCGUAUAAUGUAGCAAAAAGUGGAGUCACUGUAGAAGCAGCUUCGGAAAGUCAAAAAUAA